CGCCUGCUUUGUUACUAGGACUGACAGAUCUCACAGAGAGCAGGCAAUCUGAGAGCUGGCUCCAAAGGGGAAUUAAAGCCUUCCCGUAAUUAUUAUUGAAUGUGCAAGUAUCGACUGAGAACGAUGGGAUGAGGCUGAAGAAACUAGAUGCAGUAAAGAUUAAGACUGAUUACUAAUUUCCUGUUAAAAUAAAUCGACUGAUUAGCUUGUUAUAAAGUUAGCUAGCUCUAGCUCGUGGUUCUAAUUCCACGACCGAAUCUUUUGCGGUAAUGAGACAGAAAUGUAUCCUGGCUAUAUUUAUGAAGCUGUCUACAUAUUCGACAUGGCCAUGGCCAAGGGACAAUGUGUUCUGCAUUGAUUGAUGCUGUAGACUAUCAGAUUAAUUUUCUGUGUUUUCCCGUUAUUCGGACAGUAGUGUGUGCCGACACCCGAGUAUUGCUUAAUAAUGGCUGGUCGCCGUGGUUGUAUGAACUCGCUUUGGUCCGGAAGCGAACGGGUUCGUUUUGGAGAGCGUCUGAAAGCAAGUCUGGCUGGAAUACUGGAAUUGGACCUACUGAGGUUCCGACACCUGGAAAUGGUUGAGGGGGCGUUGGGUCGAAGAGACGGUACAGAACGACAGCGGGGAAGCAGUGAGUGGAUUUCCGCCGACGGCACUGCAAGGUCCCGUAGGCAACAGGUCCAGUCUGUCUCUGAUUCGGGGCUGCCCUGCUUCAGCAGUUUUGGGGACGGUGUUGACUCGCGUUGGUCCACUUUGUCCUGGGACAUUCCUUCGGACCCGCUGUCCCCCCCUACCCCGGACCUCUCCGGCGCCGCCCAGCUGGACUGCGAUUCGAGGCCCAGUUCAGGCUUCUACUCAGUCAGCGGGAGCUCCCUGUCUGACUCUUGCUGCUCCGUUUGCAGCGAGGGGGUUCAGGGGGCACUCGGGGGGGCUGCUGGGGUCAGGAGCAGCUGGGGGCCCGUGGACUGCCGGCCUCACUCCGCAGAUCACACCGCCUCCCACUGGCGGGAAUGCAGACAGCAGCCAACCCAGGGUGCAACGGAAGAGAAGGGAGAGAGGAGGCCAGUCUCUACAGGGGACCUUGAAGUCAGUGGCCUCCUAUUCUUGUCUGACCUUUGCUCUGGUCUAGGUCAGUCACAGCUGGCGUCAUUCUAUCCUAAUGCAUCAAACCAGCCUCGACUUCAGCUGGACCCAAAAUUCUGCUCAGACUUGGUGUCCCGCAAGACAAAAGAGGUGUACCCCUACCCCAGUCCGCUUCAUGCUGUGGCACUCCAAAGCCCUCUGUUCACCUCGCCUCAAGACCCGACGCCUCCCAACGCUAACCCUAACCUACCCCCCACCUCAGAGGCGAAUCGGCACGACGAGCCGAAAACUGAGGACUCUGUGCUGACCCGACAGCAGGCCCCAUCACACCUUUCUCAGCUGGAUCAGUACAUUUCAAAGCUGGUUCUCCAGUACCAUUCCAGGGCCACCACAGACUUGGGUUCCAGACCUGGUUCCCGGAAGUGGAGCUCUGGUCCUGCACGUGGGUCAAGCCAGUCACUGACUUCUUUCGAUAGCCACAGUACAACCUCAACCAUGACUGUGACCCAGCGCAAAUCUUUCUUUGGGAACUCUGGGAGCAUCGGUGCAAGUGGCAAUGGAAAGGGGGGUGGCAGUUGCAGGAAUUCCAUAAAUUUGGGAAACCUAUCAUCCUUGAAUGGUGAAAAUUUGAAUUUAAGUUUUCAAUUAAAUUUGAAUUUGAAUUUGAAUCCAAAUUUGAACUCAAAUUUAAGUUUGGACUCAAAAAAUGUGAAGGAAGUGAUGGGCUCAUACGGCUACCUGGGAAAUGAGACCCUUGCCCGUACCCCUCCCCCCACUUCUUCCACUACCUCCACAUCGUCAACUUGGAGAGGCAGAAAAAGGAUCUCUACCUGCCUGCAGACGGUCAGUCACCGUGGGUCACUGGAGAUAAAGGGGACGGGAUUCAGUCCGCAGGGCUUCUCCCGGUCCAUGGACUGGAGUGGCAUUUCACAAGAGCUGGAGGAAAAUCCGGCCAAGCUCUGUGAAGGUUCUCCCAAGAUUAGCGAGAAUUCGGCCAGGGUCUGCGAGAUAUCUCGAGUUUCAGGGCUCCCUCGGUCGGUGGUUGUGGGGCUUCUGGAGGAAGGGGUGGAGCUGGAUGAAGACUGCUUCAGGACUGAGGCAGAGAGGGGUGAGGCUUUUCCAGAUGGGACGCCAGCUACUAGCCCCUCCCCCUACUCCCACUCCCAGCUACCAGAGUCUGAUCAGUCCGCCUGCCACUCAAGUGCCUCGCUCCAGAGCCACUCAACAAUUUACCCGCACUCAGAGCUGGACCUCCACCUACCCCCACACUGCCCUGCCUCCUUCUCAGAUGGCCUCUCCACACCCAGCGCUCACGGCCAGGCGGUCCACGCGGCCAGACAAUCCACGCCCACGGCUCACUUUGACUGCCACCCCUCUGCUCUGGCUCAUCCUCUCCCCCAUCCUCUUUCUCACCUCCAAACGCCGUCUCCGCCUGGCUCCCCCGCCGAUUCCCAGCUCUCCGCGCACUCGGCUCGUCCCGCCGCCCACUCUCCGUCCCUGUCGCAGUCACGCUCUCCCUUCCUGCCGGCGCCGCUCUCCGUCUUCCAUCGCGACUCUCCCUCCCAGACCUCCCUUCCCCGCUUCCGUGUGCACCGGUCCCCCCUGGAGGGAGACUGGCGGCCGAGGGGAGGGUCACUCAGACAGGAGUCAGGCGCAGGUUGGGAGUCGGGGGGAAGGGGAUGGAGGAGAGCAGAAGGCGAACGAUUAUAUCAGGGCAAGCAUGCCUCCAGGGAGCUUGUUAGGGCCUCGACAGUAAGCAGCUUUGCCGGAAGGGAGAGCUGUAACAGGUGGGAGGAGGAGGCGGAGGGAGAUCUCAGCGGCACCGCAAAAAGAGGAACAAGUUUUCGGAAGAGGCUAGAGGGGUUGUUUGGGGGGAAAGAGAAGGAGAGGGGGGUGGGCAGCAAGAGAGAUGGCGGGAGGCAGAACACGUCAUCAGAAAAAUCGUGCAGCAGUGUGAAAAAAGGGAAGACUGAGGAGGAGGGGGAGCAAGAGAACCCCUCGAAACACAAGGGGAGAGGUUGGAGCAGUCGAAAUUCUGGUCUGCGCCCAGCAGGGGGGCUGUUUCGCAGUGAGUCCCAGGGAGUGUUGGACCGUCGGUUCCACAAGCAGAGCUCCAAGGAAAGGCGACAGCAGUGGGUGUCCUCCCUGGAGAUUGCCCGGUCGGGGAUGGAGUACACUUCACAAGGCCUCAGCCUGGAGCGGGCGAGAGCUUUCGGCGGCGGGGGCGAGGAUGAGCGCCUUUCCUCCACUGCCAGCCUGUUCCACCUCUCCCGUUCUCAGAGUCCAGAAGGUAGUUGUCUCUCCCUUUCCCCUCUCUCUUCCCCAUCCCUCUCUCCUCCUCCUCCCCCGGCACGUAUGACACGCUCUCGCUCGUUCCGAGAUCUUGGGAGAAGGGUCUUUGGCUCGGUGAAGCCUUUCAGUUUUAAAACCCAGAGUUUGAGAAAAUGAGGUUGUGCCUCAAACAAGCUUGAGCACAAAUAUAAAGCAUUUCAGAUAUUGCAUGUCAGUAGUAUUUCACUCUUUAAAGAUUUUUGUUAACUAUACCUAUUCAGUGUUGGUACAUUUUGUUGCAGCCUGGAGAUAACCAAUUAAGUUUCUAGUGGAAUCUUUAGUGUUUUUUUUUUGUUAAUACUUUGGCAUUGUGUGUGCUUCUGCAUGUGAUCUUCUGCAAAUUAUGGUUGGGUGUGUAUGUGCGCAUUUGUGUCUCAGUUGGGAUGUAUCUGUGAGCCUUUCUGUAUCUUUACUGUUAAUUUAUCCACUAGAUACAGACAUUGAAUAAUGAAUCUAUUUUGAGAUAAGUGAAUAAGAUGUAACAAUGAGAAACAAAAAGAUAUUUGAUUCAGGGCUGUUGUUUCUGAAAUAAAAUUAAACGCUAUGGAAGUUUCUACAUGGAAA